GGGCCCGGCGGGACUCGCGGGCUGCCCGCGCUGCCGGGGAAGGACCGGAGGGCUCGCUUUUCUCUGCCGGCCCCUCUUGCAGAGGAAAGCGGAGUUUUGCAGUGCUCGGGCCUUGGGAGGGCCGAAGCGGCGCCUCAGUGCAGCAGCAGUGUGAGAGUUUCUUGUCUCUAAGUCAGCUCCCAGUUUAUGAGAGCAAAAUAUUUGACAGUAUACCCAAGGGGAGAGAAGCAUCUAGUGGUGCUGGUUCUGAGCAGAGGGAGUUUGGAGACUGGCUGAUUUCUCACCAGCAAAAAUCAACAUUUCAACAGCUGAUGGACUUAGAGCUCCUGAACAGGCUGCGCCAGGCCAACCAGGACCUUCUGCAAAGGCUGAGAAUGAAGCAGGAAGAGAUCAGAAAGGAACUUUUCAGCAAGCAACUCCUUCCAACAUCUCUUCAUAGCAGUACAGCUGCUGAGAGAUGUGUUCCCUCACCCAGGAUAGUGAAGGAAAAUCAGGUGGAUGCAGUAAAGUCUACAGCUGACCCUGGAAUGAUGGAACCCAGAGCUGGCCCAGCCCCAAGUUCAUCUGUUAAACACAGCAGCAGUGACAGAGGGGUACAGCACCAGCAAGCAAAGACAGAGCAAGGAGCAAGUUUUGAUUCCAGCUGUCCUGGGAAAGAUGUUACACCAGUGUCUGCAGCUGUGUGUGGCAGAGAAGACUCCAGAGUGGAUGGGGAUGGCCAUGCUCAAGGAAGUCCAGAGAAAGAAUUCUCCCUCCUGGGACAUGGAGAGAUGAGAAAACAGUCUGCUCUACAGCACAGUUCCCAUGAGAAAAGUCAUCCAGGGCCAUCACUGAGCAGAGGACAAAAUAAGGAACCCAGUGAGGAGCUUGUGGUCACCAGAGAGCCCCACAUCCCUAAAUCAGUCCUGCUGACAUCUCAGUCCAAAGAGCUGAAGAAGGAAGCUUCUCAUGUGACUUUUCAGCUUGAACCUGAAGAAGAUACCAUACCUGUCACCAACUGGUCUGCCCUUCCUUUCCUGGGCUAUGACUGGAUUGCAGGACUCCUUGAUACAAAGUCUCCAGUAACAGAGAAACCUGAGCAAUACUUUGCUGAGCUGCAGGAGUUCCGAGAGUCCAACAGAGACGCCUGCAUUCAUCAGCAGCACCAGGAGCCCAAGGCUCUGGAUCCACAAGAAUUGGAUUUGAUGAGUGGCUCUCAUAAGUGUGUUUACUCCUAUCGACUGAACCGGCGCCUCUUCACCGUCCCUGUGGGUUCAGAACCUGCCUGCCCUGUGUGUAAGAUCCCAGGGACACUGGAAGACCCAGCCUAUGUCAGGGUCAGCAUUCCCAGGUCUGCCCUUCUGCCAGCCUACAAGCACAGAGCCCAUCGCAGGAGGAGCUUUGAGGCUGCAGAUGAUCUCGCACUGCCUUCGCAUUGCCUGGCUGGCUGGGAAAACGUGGUCCCUUGCAGCCAGGCCCUGCUCAGCAGCUUGGAUCUGCGAGCCUCCCUGGAGGAGAAGCCUUCUCCCUCUCCUGGCCUGGACUCAGUGUUCAGAGAGUCAGGAGAAGCCAAAACUGACAAGUUUCUACACCUGCCUCACUUGGCACAGCUGAGGUUUAGCAGAGCAAACCAGGACAGCAGACAGCAGCUCUCAGUUCAGACCCCCCUCCCUCAACACUCUGCACCACUGACUUGAU